GGCUUGCCCCGGCUCCCAAGCGGAGCGGUAGAGGAGGAGUCGGUGCGGCAGGUCCUGGCGGCCGAGAUUCGGGCGCAGAGGCCGCUAAGGCUGGCAGGGAGCGGCGGUAUCGCGGGGAGAGCGGCGCCACGGGCUGGACGCUCCCGGCGUGAGGCGUGCGCUCCAUGCGUGCGGGCCGAGUGCGGCCCCUGCGAGCCUCCGACAUGAAGAAAGACGUGAGGAUCCUGCUGGUGGGAGAACCUCGAGUUGGGAAGACAUCACUGAUUAUGUCGCUGGUCAGUGAAGAAUUUCCGGAAGAGGUUCCUCCCCGAGCAGAAGAAAUCACCAUUCCAGCUGACGUCACCCCUGAAAGAGUUCCAACACACAUUGUCGAUUAUUCAGAAGCAGAACAGAGUGAUGAACAACUUCAUCAAGAAAUAUCACAGGCUAAUGUUAUCUGCAUAGUUUAUGCUGUUAACAACAAACAUUCUAUUGAUAAGGUAACAAGCCGAUGGAUUCCUCUCAUAAAUGAAAGAACAGACAAAGACAGCAGGCUGCCUUUGAUAUUGGUUGGGAACAAAUCUGAUCUGGUGGAAUAUAGUAGUAUGGAGACCAUCCUUCCAAUUAUGAACCAGUAUACAGAGAUAGAGACCUGUGUGGAGUGUUCAGCAAAAAACCUAAAGAAUAUCUCAGAGCUGUUUUAUUAUGCACAGAAAGCUGUUCUUCAUCCUACAGGGCCUCUAUACUGCCCAGAGGAGAAAGAGAUGAAACCGGCUUGUAUAAAGGCCCUCACUCGUAUAUUUAAAAUAUCUGAUCAGGAUAACGACGGCACUCUGAAUGAUGCUGAGCUCAACUUCUUCCAGAGAAUUUGUUUCAACACUCCUUUAGCUCCGCAAGCGCUGGAAGAUGUCAAGAAUGUGGUUAGAAAGCACUUAAGUGACGGUGUGGCUGACAGUGGGCUGACGCUCAGAGGUUUUCUCUUUUUACAUACACUUUUUAUCCAGAGGGGGAGGCAUGAGACUACUUGGACUGUGCUUCGACGAUUUGGUUAUGACGAUGACCUGGACCUGACGCCUGAGUAUUUAUUCCCCCUGCUAAAAAUACCUCCUGAUUGCACUACUGAAUUAAAUCAUCAUGCAUAUUUGUUUCUCCAGAGCACCUUUGACAAACAUGAUUUGGACAGAGACUGUGCUUUGUCGCCUGAUGAACUUAAAGAUUUAUUUCAAGUUUUUCCUUACAUACCUUGGGGACCAGAUGUAAAUAACACAGUUUGCACAAAUGAAAGAGGCUGGAUAACCUACCAGGGGUUCCUCUCCCAGUGGACGCUCACCACCUACUUAGAUGUGCAGCGUUGCCUGGAGUAUUUGGGAUAUCUAGGCUAUUCCAUACUGACGGAACAAGAGUCUCAAGCUUCAGCCAUUACAGUAACAAGGGAUAAAAAGAUUGACCUGCAGAAAAAACAGACUCAGAGAAAUGUGUUCAGGUGUAAUGUAAUUGGAGUGAAAGGCUGUGGGAAAACUGGAGUUCUUCAGUCUCUCCUUGGAAGAAACCUAAUGAGGCAGAAGAAAAUUCGUGAUGAUCAUAAGUCCUAUUAUGCAAUUAACACUGUCUAUGUAUAUGGACAAGAGAAAUACUUGUUGCUGCACGAUAUCUCAGAGUCGGAAUUUCUAACUGAGGCUGAGACCAUUUGUGAUGUUGUAUGCCUGGUAUAUGAUGUCACCAAUCCCAAAUCCUUUGAAUACUGUGCCAGGAUUUUUAAGCAACAUUUUAUGGACAGCAGAAUUCCCUGCUUGAUUGUAGCUGCAAAGUCAGACCUGCAUGAAGUCAAACAGGAACAUAGCAUCUCACCUACUGAUUUCUGCAGGAAACACAAAAUGCCUCCACCUCAAGCCUUCACUUGCAAUACUGCUGAUGCCCCCAGUAAGGAUAUCUUUGUUAAGUUGACAACAAUGGCCAUGUACCCAGAGGAUCAUUACAGAGGCAGCCUCUCCCGAGACAUGGGCAGCACUGAUAGAAUAGAGAAUUUGAGAAAAAUCUGGGUCUUUCUAAAAACUGCUUUCCAUGCCCGGUUACGCUGCAUGUGCACCUGCAACAGGUGUACAUUUUGCAUCUGUCAGAACUUCCUCAACUCAGACUUGCUGCAAUCUGUAAAGAACAAAAUCUUCACUGCAGUUCUUAACAGGUUAAAAGCCCGGGUAGCUGAGUGGGGUGCCAUGCUGUUAGCAGACGACGAAGGCAGUAUUACUCACCAGGUGCACGCCGUCAGCUCCGUAGAAGAUUCCAUCUUCAUGGAGUCAUCUCACGGUCAGCUUUUUCUUGAUGACAGGCACGUGACACAAGCUGACCUCAAGAGCUCAACGUUCUGGCUUCGCGCAAGCUUUGGUGCUACGGUCUUUGCAGUCGUGGGCUUUGCUAUGUACAGAGCACUACUGAAACAGCGAUGAUUAAGGGAGGCACCGGCCUACCAAAACACAUACUUCUAUGUACAUUCUGAAUGCUUUAAAUUCUGCUAGAAUAUUGAGAUAUUUAUACAUGCAGAGUUACUUUAUUAAUAUUUGUAAUUCAUGCAUAAGAGUAUUUUACUCCUAGUAAUGACUGCAGUAUUGACUGGCAUGUGGAAAGAAAACAUCUUAGGAGCCAAAUAUAAGUGGCUAAAUUUCAGAGGCCAAAAGGGAAUAUUUUGUAAAUAAUGUACAUAUUCAAGCAAGAUACGGUCUCCUGAACUGACUUCAGAAAUGUGUUUCCAGGCAUUUCUACAGUAGUGUUCUAGUGUUCACUUGGCUCACCCUGCUAGGUUUCAGUCACCCAGAGAUUGUGUUUACUCAGGCAUCACGUAUUUAUUUCAAGGUGACUCAGAACAAUCCUUCGGCUUCUGUAGCCGUUUCUCUCCAUUUUUAAGAUCACACAGGAGACGAGGUCAGCUUUCCAAAACCACUCUGUUUCCGUCACUUGCGGUAGGCCGGCUUCAAAGCCAUCAUGAAACCUAGAAAGUUGUGGAGCUGAGUAUGUGGCUGAGGGCCUGAGGCAGGAGCAGGUGGCGGAGGUUACCUGUGUCACCACAUUGCUUCUUUGUCAGAGUGUGGAUUUUAUAGCCCUUUCAAUCAAAUGGGGAAAACAGUUUGUAUAUUAUCAAUGUUUUUAGUUACAAUAAAGAAGCCGCCCUGACCACUGCUGAAUUCCCACCUGAAGUGAAACCGUCCUCGAAUGGCCGUGUCUGUGUAGUUAUUGCCGUAGCUGCAUGUGUCAUGAUGUGUUCUGUAUCUGGCCAGGAUAACCUAGAGGCAACACUUUUUUAAUGGUAAAAUAAAUCUAAUGAAUAUAAACUCUCACAAUAAACCUAUUUUUUCCAUCAUUGACCUUUUCAAGUAUUUAAAUAAAUAACUGCUGUGUACUGUGAUCUUGAGGUUUUUUGUCUUCUGAGGUAAAUAUCUCUGUCCAGAUGUGAGUGUGCUCCUUUGGUUUCUACCUUUCUUAGUUUAGACAUUAUUUUUAUACAAAAAAGUACUACUCGGUAGGAAGGAAGUUGUAGGAUGUGUGUAGGAGAUCUACUUAGAGGGCUGUGACGGCGAUCUCUGAGGUCUGCCUGCCCUGCCUGCCCUUCUGACUCUGUCAUGGUCGUCUACUCCUUGUCAUGAUGGCGCUUCCCUCUGUUGUUGGAAGGAUAUUUUACACAAGAUCACCCUUCCUUAGCAACAGUAACGACUUCGCUGGUUACAAACCUGUUCACCUGCUUGUUCCCCUCUCCUCCUUCUUCCCAUUUUCAUUCUAAAUUUGAAGAAAAAAAAUUAAACGUGGAGAACCUCAUUUUUAUUUUCCUUAUUAUUAUUUUUAUUACAUUUGUCUUUAUUUUCUGUAUCUGUGUGUACGUGGACCAGUGUGUGCCAUGGCCUGUGUGUGGCGCUCAGAGUCGAGUUAGAGGAGUCAGUUCUCUGGUACAGUGUGGGUCUUGGUGAUAGAACUUAGAACAUCAGGCUUGGUAAACAGAUGCCUUUAUCUGCUGAGCCAUCUUUGGCCCUUAAUUUUGAUUGUUUUCUGAGAAUUUUCCAUGUAUCAAAUAAAUUGAUCUCAGUUAUACACUUUUCAAAGACAACUGUUUCUUUCCUUCUGCAUUUCUCUUUGCUCCAACUAAAAUAUUGUUUCAAAUAAAUAGGCCUAAUAGAUGGCUGUGUUUGUGAGAAGCAGGAAAGAAAGUAAUUUCUGGAGAGGUGGAAAGUGGCCGGGCACACACCUUUAAUCCCAGCACUCAGGAGGCAGAGGGAGACUAAUGGCUGUGUUCUAGUUCAGAGAAUCCGUUCUUAAAGGUAGGUGGGGUGAGUGUGUGUGGAAAGUGCUGGGUUUAAUAUUCAAACUUUUUUUUUUAAUCUUGUUUUUCGUUCGUUUUGGGGUUUUUGAGACAGGGUCUUACUUAUGUACUUUGACUGGCCUUGAACUCCCUUUGUUGACCAGAAGGCUUCGGAUUUAUAGAUGUACCUCUGAUUAAAGUCUUAAAGGCAAA